AUGACAACAAAUGUCGAUAAUGAUACAUGUAAUGAUCCAUUUAAUUCAAUUGAUAAUCAACUUGAAUUUGAUUGUCAAGCAACAUGGAAAGGAAAACAUGGAACAUUUCCAGCUCGAUUUUGUGUUAAAAUAUCCGGAACGGUACUCGAUGUUGAUGCAAAUAUAAGUUCAAUAUAUUUAUAUAAAAAUUUAUUUUUAAGAACAUGUAUUGUUGAAAAUAUUAUGGAUUCAACAAAGAGUCCUGAUUCUACCGGAAAUUUUCGAUUAAAAGGAUUUCAGGGACUAACUGGUUUACGUAUGCAGGGUACAAUAACAUUGUGUACACUCGAUGGUUGCAAUCGAGCUCAAAACUUCUAUGAUUCAUCGUACAAAUGUAAAAUUAUAUUAAUUGUAAUUUUAUUUUACAGUUCAUUAAAUUAA